AUGGAUUCUCGAACGACAACGACAGAGGCGCCUAGUAAGCGACCUCGAUCAGAUUCUGGGGAGUUCCCCCCGAUUGCGUCCAAACUCCCCAAGACCCAUUCAAAUCACCUGCAAAUUAACUAUCUUGCGCGCCAAUACCCCGAAAACCUUCCUCUAGUCUCGCUAGAAGACACAAUGCCCGCUAUAGUGCACUUGAUUGGCGAAUAUGACGGUGUCUUACAUCGCCAUGAGAGCAUCGCUGGGAAUCUAGGCGCGUGCCCUCUGGGCCCAAUCCUGAUCAAGCGCUUCGAGCGUCUUUUCGACGGCCCGCCCCGGGUACUCAAGUCGCACGGGAAGGACAACCCCAACGUCACAUGGCUAGACGUGGUGGAAUUUGCGAAGAGCAAACCCGAACAAUUCAACUUGGAAAAGAGCCGCAACGGUGUGCGAGUAUGCCAGUUUUACACGAAGCAAAGCCGCGUGGAGAUCAGCGAGGAGGACUUUGUGCUGAUCGCCUCGGGGAUGCCUCAAAAGAUGAUUCCCCCUCAGCCAAUUAUCGAGGAUGAGGAGAAGGAGCUUGGAGCUCUCGAAAUCCUCGAGAAGAACCUCCAGCAAAUAAUCCAAGUUGCAGAUCAAGUCUCUGCACGUGCCCGGCAACUUAACCAUCGCUUGAAGAAUCGUAGGACCGCCAUCGUUACCCGGCGGGAGAGUGACGUGACUCUCCACAACUCUCGGCCACCGCAGCUUCAUUCACAGACCCAGCCGCAUCUUCCGCAACAACGCUCCAUGAGUCCUGUUUGGCGCGACGCCAAUGGCAAUGCCCACGGUCCACUGAACGGUAAUGGCAAUGGCGCGUCCAACGCCCAGUCCCCGUCCAGCGGUUUCGUCGCAGUCAACACCGGUCGACAUGGCGCGGAAGUUCCGGCGGAAGAGAAUCCCUUGUCAUCGCAGUUUUUAUUCUCCCACUCCAACACGGAAAAUGUGACGAUCAUAAACGGGACGUCUAUCAAGGGUGCCUCUCCAACUACACGCGCUGAGUUGAUGAAAAAGUUCUUCACUACGCAAGACCGCCAAGUGCGCAGUUCGUACGAAGAAGCCACUGGAUCGAGCAACCGUCAGUCGUCGCGUCCUCGACCUAGAGUAUCUGAAGGUGGCGGCGACUACAGCAGCAUGUUCGCACCAUCACCUGCCACAGUCGCUAUUCCGAAUACUCCGACUUCGUUACUUCCUCCCCCGAAAUCACACCAUCAUGAGAAGGAUGACGGCGGCCCAUUUAAGAUCGAGAUGGUUGCCCGCAUGGAAGAGCUACAGCGAGGUGAUCGUAUUAUGCCACCUUGCGAUCGAUGCCGCCGUCUCCAUAUGGACUGUCUCAAGAAUCUUACCGCAUGCAUGGGCUGCACAAAGAAGCACGCCAAGUGCUCUUGGCGAGACGUGAAAGAGGAUGAGCUACGGGAAGCUCAGCGCGCUGAUCGGGAGCAUGCGGAGGACCCACAUUCAAAGGAGACGUCCACCAGCCCUACUGCUACAGCCCCGGAACAGUCGUAUCCAUCUACUACCGUUCCCACACCUGCCCCAGCUCCAGCUACCGUGCUACCCGAGCCAGAAAGGGGACGCGAGGGCCCGGCAGAUGUCAACAUCCGCAGGGAAUCCGCACCGAUUGCCGCACCGGUGUCACGACCCCCGCCCGGAAGGGAAGUAUCCCCACGACGAGCAAUGAGCGAGAACCAGGGCAGCCACAGUCACCCGUUCGGCCACGAACGACAUGACCGAACUGGUAGGCGGAUCAGUAUCAACCGGAACGAACACGCCCGGGAUGACCGGGAUGAUGUUCCGGAUGCGCUGAGACAGGCCAUACUUGAUACAUAUAACACUCACCACCGAGCCGCGGCGAAAGCAAGUGUACAUGAAGUUAGCAACGAGCGCGAGCGGGAUCGCGAGCAUGACAAGGAGCGAGAGCAGCGAGAGAGAGAACGAGAACGAGAGCGCGAGCGCGAGCAGGAACGAGACCGGAAAUUGGUGAGAGCAUAA